AUGCAGUUUCUGAUAUUAAUCUGGACGGUGGUGGCCACCUCGAUGGUCGUGGAGAGUGUCCGGGUUUCGGACGUCGACAGUGAAUUCCAUGAAAUGUUAAGAUAUCUCCGUGGGCUCAGGUUAGGAUUCCUAUGGCCUGAGAAAAAAAAUUCGAGCGAUGUUUCCACUACUAUAUCACGCUUGUGUCCAACGGGUAUGUUGUUUAGUUCAAUGUGCAAUAAAUGUGUGGUGGCGGGAAAGCUCUGUCCGGAAGAUUAUAAACCAGACUUCCAACUCGAGAAGUGCAUCUAUAUUGGAGUAUCCACGACGGAGUCAAUCUCGGCGGAAACUAACUCGUCAACCGAAGCAACAACUAUAGCAUAA